AGGAGGAGGAGGAGGAGGAUGGAGGAGCCGCCGAGGGAGGGCGAGGCCGAGCUCGCCGAGCAGUGGUUCUCCAAGUGGGAGCGCCAGUGCCUGGCCGAGGCCGAGCAGGGCGAGCAGCUGCCCCCCGAGCUGCAGGCGGGGCUUAAGAGCGAGCGGCAGAGGCUGUGGCACCUCUUCCAGAUCUCAGCCACCGCCGUGGCCCAGCUCUACAAGGACCCCGGGUGCCAGCCGGGGCUCUCCGUGUGGGACCAUUUCCAGAGUGCGGCCGUGGCCGUGACGGGCCUCUACAAGGAGAGCGGGGGUGCCCACCAGCGAAGUUUCGACCUGGGCGUCCAGGUUGGCUACCAGCGUCGCAUCAGAGAUGUGCUGGAGUGGGCGAAAAAGGGCCGGAGCACCGUUCGCCGCGAAGACCUCAUCAGCUUCCUGUGUGGCAAAGCUCCCCCUGCGCCGCCCCCGCCGCGCGCCCCCCGGACGCCCCCGAAGCCCCCUGCUGGGGCCACCAGCCCCUCUUCGGCCGCGGAAUCCAGCCCCUCCGUGGACGUCGACCUGCAGCCCUUCCACGAGGCCACCGCGCUGCAUGGCCUAGAUGGCGCCAUGGCGAGCAUCAGCGUGCGGGCCGGGCCCCCCGGCUCCCCGCCCCAAGAUGGCAGUGUCGCCUGCGGUGGGCGCCGAAAGAGUAGCUUCCUCGAGGACGACCUGAACCCCCUCGGCUCAGAAGAACUGGCCCUUCGUCUGGACAGUGGGGGGAUCCGGAAGCGCACCUCGGCCCAGUUCGGCGAUGGCAUCACAAACUCCCCAUCCCACAAGCGUAACCGAAUGGUCUAAACUGCCUCGUUGGUCGCCAACUGCCACGUUGCUUGAGAGCUAACGGACCUUCACCGUUCUUGUUGAAAGGAUACUGGAGACCAUUUUUCUUCCCUAUCUAAGUUAAAGGUUUCUGUCAAGUUUACCAUAAAGAAACUUUAAAGUAUUCCAGAAGAGGCCUCGUAUGGCUGUUUAAGAAAAUACAUAUAUAUAAAUAAAUUCUAUUACAGAACAUCAAAUAUUAUUAGUAGUUAGCAAGACCAUUUAAAGUAAAAGUAUCCAGUCAGGGCAGGAAUCUGCCUUAUCUUGUUCACAGUUACACAGUAUUUCUUAGCACCUACCACAUUUGCUGGUGUUCAAUAAAUGUUUGUUGAAUGAAGCCAUGUGACCUUCUUAAGUUCCUGGCACGUGGGCCGGGGAUUUAGCUCGGUGGUUUCGCUGCCUGCUGCGCAAGCACAAGGACCUGAGUUCGAUCCCUGGUACCAAAAAAAAAACAAAAAACAAAACAACAUAAAUUCCUGGCAGGUGUUUACUUGGUUACAAGAUACUUUAAUCCUUGUUUUGGUUGUUGACUUUAAUGGCCUUGCCGAUUCAAUUACGUUGGACCAAACUGUAACACUUAACUUUGUGUAAUCUGUAGUCUUCCGUUUUUGCUCCACUGUACCAUGCACCUAAUUUCUGGAAAGCAACUAUGGAAGUAAUAUAUUUGAAGGUGUGAUUUAUUUUGCAAAACCGUUUAUAAUUUUGGUGAUUAAUACAAGUACUUGAUAUUGGGUCUUUCAAUGCUUUCUCUAGGAAAACCAACAUUUGAGAUCUUGACGAAAUAAGAUGGUGAGCCAACGGUGCUCCUUUUGCUUGGAAUGUAAAAAGCUACCUUCUCUGAGGUUACUUCUUUUUGGUGAUCUGCUUUGAUGUGGAAGACGGACUGGUCAGACGGAUUGGGUUUUAUUUAAGUCUGCAGCAUGGUAUAACUAAAAGAUUAUGGACUUUGUUGUGAAAGGAUCAACAUUGGAAUCCUAGCUCUACACAUUAACUGUAACUUCGGGCAAGUCCCUUGAUGCCCAUUGACCUCGCUUUUUCGCCUGUAAAAUGGAAAUGUGGUCUGCUAAGUUCAUUGUAUCAGAUGAUGUCUAGAUUUCAAGCUUCUAGCACAGUGCUGGGCACCUACCAGUAUCACUUAAGUGUUCUUCUCUAUAAAUAAAAAUCAGUAAAGCAUUAAAGUCCGCAAUAUUUUGGCAAAAACAAAAUAUAUCAACUUAGAAUUCAGCCAAUAUAAUCUGUGUUUGAGUUGGAAAUUACAGUCAUGUGUUUGGAACUUGCCUAAAAAUUACAGUUGUAUUAGUUAUAAGUGUGCUGCGCUCGUAGUAAGGCAGCCUUAGUUCCUGAGGUCGCCAGAGGGAUGCGCUUUGUGACCAGGAGUGGUGGAAGAUUUAUUCCUCUGGCCUGAAAGAAUAUGGAGAGGUGGGUAAGGGUGGGAGGAGUUUGGAAGUCAAAACCCUAGGGCAGUGCAGCUGUUAAGGGAGGUAGAGAUUGUAGGGUGGGGUGAAAGUGGUGAGAGUGAGAUUUUGGAAGGGGUUCAGUAGAAAUUAAAAAGCCCAAAUCCUCAAGUCUCCCUAAGCCAGUGCAUAAAAUAUUAUAGACUAAUGAGUAAAACUUCGCCUUUAUGCUCACAGCAGAGUUAUUUCUGCUUCAUUAGCAUGGCCUCUGGAGUAAAUUUGUAAUUGACCAAUACGAUAAAUAGAACAAACUGAAUUCCCUAACAGAAUAAAAACUUGGUAUUGCACUCCACAAAUACUUAGGCACACUGUGUUAGGUCCUAAGAAGGGAUAUAAAAAACACACAGAUACCCCUUAUCUACAAAGAGCACAUCCUGACCUAGCAGAUAAAUUAUGUAGGCAAGAAAGCACUAACUGGUCAAAACACCCAAGGGCUGUGCAGAAUUUAGAAGGCAAGAGGCUCUCCUUGCUGAGAGGGUCAUAGCUUCUGGAAGAGGUGGCAUUUAAACUGGACCCAGCAAAAUGGGCAGGCAGGGAGUUUACAGGGGAUGCCAGUAAGGAAAGCUGUUAAAGUUUGAGGAGCAAACACUAAGGUAGGGCUUAAGUAUACAGGGGCUCAAAUGCCUGGGCUGGUGCUUUAGAUUCAACCCUGGGACAAGGGGUGAUACCACCCAAAGGGUGCUUUAGCAAGACUGGCUGGGCAGGACACCUGCUUGUCCAAAAGUGAGACGCGGGAGCUGGGGCAGCACAGCAUACCUCAUAGGACACUUUUCA